AAGCGUUAUUAAGAUUAAAAAGUGGGCAGAGCAGAGGACAACACCCCUGCCCACUCACUGAUGAGAGCGGUCAUGCGGCCUCUACUGUUUUGAUCCACGGCUCGGGACAGGCAGGAGCAGACAUGGCGGAACACUGGAGAUCCGGGUGACUCUUUCAAGAGCAACCCUGCUACCGCGAUAAAACUCCGUUGUACCAAGUAAGGCAGGGGGAAAUAUCGCUGAAGCUGGCAGCUUUGUACGGAGCUCUGUUCCUCCCGGAGGACAUGGAGAGCACGGUGGAGGGAGAGGCGGAGGAGCGCAGGAGGGAGCACUGGAAGUUGCUGUCCAGCCUGAAGACCACAGUUGAGGGUCUCGUGUCCACCAACAACCCCAAUGUGUGGUCACGUUAUGGUGGCCUGCAGCGGCUCCACAAGGACAUGAACAACAUCCUCAGCCAUGGACUGAAGAAUGAGCAGGUGUACUACAAGCAGAGAGACUACUGGCCGUUUGUGUGGUGUGUUCGCUAUAUCAGCCCUCAACUCGCCUCACACGUUGAACAGUUCAGUCACCUGGAGCCGGUACUGAGCAGCGGGAUGCAGAGUGCUGGUGAAAGCUACAAGGCCGAGCGCUGGCUGCUUCACAGCUUACAGGUUCACAAGCUGUCCGCUCAGCUCCGACCUCUGCUCAGGCAUCUAGGACAUAAACGUAAAUACUAUAAUGACGAUGCCUUUCUGCUGAGUGAGCCCCACGUGACCGCCAUGUUUCAGUGUCUGGAAGCUGUGGAGCAGAACAACCCCAAACUGCUAGCCCAAGUAGACACUGUUGGGCUGUCCCCUCUGAAGGGCCCACCAUGUCUGGGUCUGUUGAAGAGCCAGAGCCUGUGUGUGUUGCCAGGGGCCGGUGGGGCCUGGAAGAACCGUGACUCGGCCCCCCGAGGAGAAUCUCUAGACCGCAGACUCACCACCUCCAACUGCUCUCUGCGAGAAGCAGUCACCCCCAGCCACAAAUCCGGGAACACUACGGGAGUCGAAUCUCUAAUCAGCAACAGCACAAAUACUACCUCUUCAGCUAGCAACCUGGGCGCUCCCUGGGUGUGUGUGUCCAGAACAGGGGAGAGCGAGUGUGGUGUGACCCCCCCUCCUGGCCCUGUCUCGGUCCCUUCUAUCUCCCUAACAGAGUCUCCCACACCCAACUCCCUUCAGCCAGAGACCGCGGACUCUGGUGAUGGCGACUAUGAUGAUGGUCCAGAAUACUUGGCUAUCGGUAACCUGGGGCAACGCAGUCGCCGUGACUCCCAAAGCUCCACCCACAGUAGUGAGCAUGGCGAGAACACGGACCAGUCCCUUGAACGGAGUUCCCAGGCCUUGCCCCCACCCAGACGCUCAUCUUUUUCAGAGGGUCAGAGGGGGCCGGGCCGUGGGUCCCGAGGACACACCCGUUCCUUUUCCGACACUGGGAUCAAUCAGAAACUCAGGAAUGGAGGGGGCCACCGAAAAAUCACCAUAAUAAUAGAAGAUCCAGUUGCAGAGUCGGCAGGCGACGACUGCUGCAUGAAGGACUACAGCCCCUUCUCAACUCAGUGCAGUGAUUCCAGCACCCCCAGUUCCCUCUACAUGGAGUCUCAUGGAUCCCAGUACAGCAGUGUGUCAGAUGGGAUGUUCAGGAAGCCGUCGGAAGGCCAGAGCCUCAUCAGCUACUUGUCAGAGCAGGACUUUGGCAGCUGUGCUGACCUCGAAAAGGAGAACGCUCAUUUCAGCAUUUCAGAGUCCCUUAUUGCAGCGAUCGAGCUGAUGAAGUACAACCUGCGGCGUCAGGAGGAGGAGGGCGAGGAGGAGGGAGACAGUGACUGUGAGAUUCAGCAGCUCAAGCAGAAGAUCCGCCUGCGCAGGCAACAGAUCCGUCGCAGCCGCCUGCCGCCCUGCACGACCUCCCAGCACAUUUUUCACUCCACUGACAGUGGAGGCUCCAGGAGGAGCUCCCAGGAUUCCUACCAGGGCCUGUCUGACUCCGGCUCAGCUGAGGAGGUGGAGGAGUGUGAACUGAGAGAUGGCUGUGAGGGUCAGUCCCUGCUGGCGGUGUCACAGAACGGCCUCUCCCUGUCACUCGCCUCCCUCUUCUCAGAUGCAGACAUAAAGCGCAGUGUGAGCUCCAGCACCAGGUCUUUUCUCAGCUCAGAGUCCAUCUCUCCAUCCUUCCUCCAGUCUAACUCUGCUGAGUCAGUAGCCAUGGGUUUGCUCAGGCAGUUUGAGGGCAUGCAGCUUCCUGCAGCCUCAGAGCUCGACUGGCUGGUCCCAGAACAUGACGCUCCACAGAAGCUCCUGCCCAUUCCUGACUCUCUGCCAAUCUCACCUGAUGACGGCGAACAUGCGGACAUCUACAAGUUGAGGAUUCGUGUCCGAGGCAACCUCGAGUGGGCACCGCCUCGACCGCAAAUCAUCUUCAACAUUCACCCUGCCCCUAAGAGGAAGAUAGUUGUGGCGAAACAGAACUACCGCUGUGCUGGCUGUGGUACCCGCAUUGACCCAGACUAUAUUAAGCGUCUGCGUUACUGUGAAUACCUCGGCCGUUACUUCUGCCAGUGCUGUCAUGAGAACUCCCAGGCGGUGGUUCCGGGCCGAGUGCUGAGGAAGUGGGACUUCAGCAAGUACUAUGUCAGCAACUUUGCCCGGGACUUGCUGAGCAAGAUCGCUGGAGACCCGCUGUUCAACCCCAAUGACAUCAACAGUGGCCUGUACAAGAAGAACAAAGCUCUGGAGGCUGUCAGGGUUUUGAGAGUGCAGCUGUUUCACAUGAAAAAUCUCUUCAAGACCUGUCGUUUGGCUAAAGAGGUGCUGGACCAGUUUGACAGCCUGCCAGGUCACCUGACUGAGGACCUUCACCUCUUCUCCCUCAAUGACCUCACCGCUGUGCGCAACGGGGAACUGGCUCCCCGAAUGAAAGAGCUGCUUAAACUUGGUACCAUGCACGUAGCUGGCUGUGUGCUGUGCCAGGCGAAAGGUUUUGUGUGCGAGUUCUGCGGCAACGACAAAGACAUCAUCUUCCCCUUCCAGUUGAACAAGUGCCAGCGCUGUGAAGAAUGUCAUGCAUGUUACCAUCGCAGCUGCUUCCGGACAGGUAAAGACUGCCCUCGGUGUCAGCGGCUGGCAGAGCGGAGAGAGAGGAUGGCACGUAAAAACAUGGAGGAACAAGAAGACGAGGGAGGUGGGACCUAGUGCUGGUAACAGAGGAAACUCGGAGACAAGAGAUGAAGAAAGAAGAGCACAACGCGACCAUGAUUGUAGAGACUGACCACCUCUCUUUCCGUUCCACUCCUCUCAGGCCUGGGUGACAAUAGUCGCUGCAAACAGCUGUUGUGAUCUCAAUAGACUCCAGAUGUGCAGUUAUUACCAUCAGUUGUGCCAGUGUCAUAUGAGUUAAAGAGGAACACGGCAACUGCUGAUUUUCAGAUUAUUUUUUUUCUGCAAGCUCUUUUCACACAUGCUGUGAAUGAAUCCUGUUUGAACAAGAGUCAUUUUAACAUGAAAAUCAAGCGACUUUAAAGAAAAAAAAAAGUCUCAAUUCCCUCCACGGCUCUGCAAUUUUCUAAUUGAGUUUUCCUCAAAGAAACAUAGCUUUAAAAAUAUUCGAACUUUUCUUCUACAAGUCGGCAUUGGAUCAUCCACAGAAUGUUGGUCCUAAAGUAAUAAUUUCAUUUAAUUUCCUUGUACAUAAAUAAAGAUUAAAAGUCCUGUAUGUAGGACUUAAAAAUAUUAAUUUUGGCGACACCUAUUGGUAGAAACAGAAGAGACAGACAGUAAUCCUUGUUGCUACAAAAAUGUGUUUUUAAAAUCCAUCAUUUUGGCCUGUGAGAGAAGUGAGAACACAGUUUUUCUCCCCAUUGUGUGCUGCACCUGUUUGCACAGUUCAGAAAGGUUGUAUGGAAAAAAAUCUACUUUGAAUUGUUUUGUAUGAGAAAGUUAAGUGUGGAUGACAAAACCUGCUGCCUUACAGGGAUGUCUGACCCCAGCCCUGUUGCAGUUACAUGUUUGAAAAGGGCCUGAGAUUCACUAAACUUCAUGGCACUUUGUUCUUCUGUGGUAAAAUCAAUAUAUUUGACAUUUAGGUGGAUCAGAAAAACAAGUGUUUGCUCAGAUUAUUGUACCCAGGGUUGAUAUUCCUCCUUCCUACAACUGCAGCUUCUGGCAACUGCUUUGACUCUGGUGAUUUUACUGGCUACUGGCUUAGCUGAACUUUGUUUUUGUAACCUAAAUUGACAUGGUCUAUUUUUAAAAUAAGAAAAAUCAUAUAGCAAGUAAAAGUUUAGAUCUGUUUUAUGAUUUGAUUGAUUUUCAGUGCAGAUACUGUAUUGAAGCUAUCCUGCCCUUUAUAUUGAGGUUUUUUUUUUUUUGUUUGUUUGUUUUAAUUUGAAAACACUGAAGACAUUGAAUUAUUCCUUUCUGAUCCCUGAUCCUUAUUGUCAUGUUUUAAACUGUUUUAGCCACGCUUAUGUGCCUCUGGGACCAAUGAACUUAGACUGGCAGUGCUGGUGGAGUUACAUUGGAAUUUAUAGAACUGCGCUUCAGGAAGAGGUUUCAGAGUCGGUGUUGCGAAUAUUUUUUAAUGAAACUAAAAUGCUCCAUUUUUGUGCUGCUUUGUGUGUGAGUGUGGUUGCUAGAAAGUGCUGUGUGAAUGUGAAUGUGAGUGUGUGUGUGUGUGUGUGUGUGUGUGUGUGUGUGUGUGUGUGUGUGUACACACGUCUACCUGCUGUACAUGCAGCCAUGCACAAACGGUUUGCACCAGCCUAAUCAGCACUUGCCUGUUUUCUAAAAUCGUAGGUUUUGAAAUAAUAGAGAGAGUCCAGUUAAUUGCACUGAUCUUGUCUGUUUGUGUUGGAGGGGUGAGUCGGGACGGUCACUCUUUCGGGGGAUUUUUCAGAUGCUUGCUGUGAGAACACGAACCUUUACCAUGAAUUGUCCUUGUUUCUUUAAUGAAGCUCCUGUCACCUGGGUUGCACUAUAUUGUCAAGGGUUUUAGUCCAAACUUAAAGAGGUCAUCAGUUUAUCAUACUCUUAAAGUGAAGCAGAAGCAUUAAUCACCUCUUGGACUGAAAUCUUUCAUAUUAAAGUGGGUUUUCUCCAACAGAUUUUAGUAGUCUAGCAUAGGUUCCUAACAUUUUUGGUUUGUGACCCCUUAAAGGAAUAUUUUGACAUUUUGGAAAUAUACUCCUUUACUCUUCUGGCAAAAGUGAAAUGAGAAGAUUGAUACCACUCUCAUGUCUGUAUGCUUAAUGUGUAGCUGGGUCCAGUUCAAUGAAACAGUCAUUUUCCAUCUCUGAUUGUUUUGUUUUAUUUGAGGGAGAAGUUCAAAGAAGUGCCCAGUAUCUAACAAGAAAAACUUGCAUAAUUUGAAAUAACGGUGAUGUUUUUUUUCUAGCUUUCUUGCCAUUUCAAUCAUCAGGGGACCCCUCAGAUGUUUCCUAGGACUUUUUGGUGGGUCCUAAUCCCCAGGUCGGGAACCACUGAUCUAAUUACAUUUUAUUUAUUUUAUUUUUUUGUUUUGUUGUUUUUCCCGCAGAGUUAAAAAAAAAAAAAAAAAAAAUCUUGUGACUGACUUUGCUUUUAGGGCUUCAUAUUAAAUGUGCACAAGUGGUGUUUCUAUAGUGAGUUAAAAUAUCCAGCAGCCUCAGGUGUUGAAAAUGUUAGGUUGCUUCUUUUUAUCCGAUGAGUUUUUGAAUGCAUGUUCAUACCAUGGUUAAUGAUAGGAAGAAAGAUGUGGGAAAACAAAUUUGCACUCCACUGGUUGAACCAAACAUUUCAACAAUUAGAUUUCUUUUUUUUUUUUUUUUUUUCCUGGAUUUUUGUCCCAAAUGAAAUUUUAUACGUAUAAACCUUUUAACAGAUUAGGCUCCAGGGUACAUGCCAUUCUCAACAGGCUUUGCUUUUAUGUGUACAACUCCUGAUGAGAUGAACACCCUCAUCCCUCACCCUCAAUAUAUGUGAUAUUCAUGCCCUUUAGCUCUCACAGAUGAGCAUUGAAGAGAUAAACUUGCACCCAUGUCUUUUCAUUUUAAGCAGGCUGCUUUUAAAAGGAAACUCUGAACUCUUCACUUCAUGACUCCUGAGUGACCAAACGACUCCACCGAAAAACCUCCUCAGAUCAGCAGAUUGUUUGUCCUUGGACUGCCUUUAACAUGGAGGCGUGUGGAGGUUUAAAGUGCACUACAGAUUAAAAAGUCUAUCAUUAAAAAUGUUAAUUAUUGUUAUUAUGAUUAUUAUUUGUGUUAAUUUGCCUUUGUUCUGUACUUAUGUUGACAAUAAAAGACUGGCUAGACUGUU